UAAACAACAGCGCCACUGAGCGAGGAUCCAUGUUUCAUAAAGUGUGAAUAUUAAAGAUUAAUAAAGAAAUAAACAUUUUGGAAGAAACAUAGAAACGAAGCAAAAUGGAGGAGAAGGUGCAGAUUCCAGAAGAGGAGAACUCAUUUGAGGCAUUAGAGAAGGAGUUUCAGGAGGUUCUGAAUGAGCUGGUGGGGGAAAAGAGCCUGGAGAAAUUCCGAGUGGAAUAUGAAAAGCUCACCAAGGCUCUAAAGAAGUCAGAUGAAAACAAAAACAGAUUGAUGAAAAAAUGCCACGAGCUGAAUGCAGAGAUUGCGUCCAACUCUCUCAAACUGGCCACAGCUUUGAAGCUGUCUCAGGAAGACCAGACCACUAUAACAUCACUAAAAAAGGAGAUCGAGAAGGCUUGGAAAAUGGUUGAUGCGGCCCAUGAAAAGGAGCUGAGGGCUAAAGAAACCAUUAAGACUUUAAAGCAGGAAGUAGAAAAUCUGACUGCACUGGUGGAACAAGAUGCUGGAUCAUCCACAACCCAACAGCAGAGUAUGACCGAUCUACUGAAAAUCAAGGAAGAACUAACAGUCGAGAGAGACAAACUGCUUUCUGAGGUGGUGACACUUCGAGAGAAUCUCACGAAGGCCGUGACGACUCAGCAGGAGAUGGAGGCAGCAAAAUCGACCGCUGAUGAGACUAUCAUGCAGCUGGAGCAGGACAUCCAGAUGCGGCAGAACGAGUGCUCGAGAGAGACCCGGCGCAAAGAGAAGCUGGAAAAAGAAGUAAAAGAGCUGCAUGCUGAUAUCGAAGCCCAGCAGGUCGAGAUCAAAUCACUGAACACACAGUGCCAGCGAGCCAAAGACGAGCAGCAGAGGCUGGAGCAGCAGCUGCGUGAGCAGAAGAUCCUGAACGAAAGAGCUGCUAAGGAGCUGGAGCAGCUGCAAGUGCGCAACACCAAAUUGCAGCAGGAGAACGAGCAUCACACACUCAGCCUGGAGCAGCUCAACUUCGAAAAUAAUCAGCAAGCAUCUGAUCUGAAGAUGAAGGAGGAGGAAGUAAAUCAGAUGAAGCAGGAGAUUGCAAAGCUGAAUAAGAUCCGAGAGACAACACAGAAGAAGCUGAGACUGCUGGAGGACCAAAAACUGGAGGUGGAACAGCAGAGAGAGACACUAAAGAACCAGAUCACAGGCCUAGAAAGAGAAAUGGAGAUGGCAAAGAAACAGGCAGAGAGCGACAAGAAGAAGAUAGAUGAAUUAGUCCGGGAGAAAGACCUCCUCAGUAAGAAUAUGAUCAAGGCAGCCAGCGCCACCGAGAAGCAGUUGAAUCUGGUAAAAUUGCAUGAGCAGACGAAAAAAACGCUGGAUCAGGAGAUUUUGACCUACCGAGAUGAAGCCCAGAAACAGCGCAAGAUUAUCUUUCAGCUGGAGAAAGAGCGCGACCGAUAUAUCAAUGAAGCCAGUGAACUCACACAUAAGGUGUUGUCACACAUGGAGGAUAUUAAAGUUCGGGAGAUGCAGAUCUUUGAAUACAAGAAGAAGAUCGCAGAGGCCGAGACCAAGCUCAAGCAGCAGCAGAACCUGUAUGAGGCCGUCAGGUCUGACCGCAAUAUCUACAGCAAGAACCUGAUCGAGGCUCAGGACGAAAUCACAGACAUGAAGAACAAGCUGAAGAUCAUGAACCGCCAGAUCGACCAGCUUAAAGAGGAGAUCAGUGGCAAAGAGGCAACGCUGAUCAAAGAGCAUCAGGAGUUCCAGCGUGUGGAGAAAGAAAAGGAGGCUCUUAAGGCCGAUCUUCAGAAGAUGAAGCAGCAGGCCCACAAGACCAAGCAGUUCAUUGAAAAUCAGGAGGUAGAAGAACGUAAGCUGCUGAAGAUCAUAGCAGACGCUGACGCUGAGAGAACACGUCAGAAGAAGGAACUAGAUCAGGUAAUUAGCGAGCGGGACAUUCUGGGAACUCAGCUAGUGAGGAGGAACGACGAGUUGGCUCUCCUGUACGAGAAGAUCAAGAUCCAGCAGUCCAUUCUGAACAAGGGCGAGACCCAGUACAACCAGAGGGUGCAGGACAUCAGGCUGCUUAAGAUGGAGAUCAAGAAGCUGCGGAGGGAAAAGGGGGUCCUGAACAAGACAGUGUCCAAUGUGGAAGACCUCAGGAGAGAAGUGUACCAGAUUCAAAGGGAACUGCUUAAAGAGAGGACUAGAUGUCGAGCUUUGGAGGAGGAACUCGAGAAUCCCAUGAACGUUCAUCGAUGGAGAAGACUGGAGGCAAGUGACCCCAGCACCUUUGAGCUGAUUCAGAAGAUUCACUCUCUUCAGCGGCGCCUGAUAACCAAAAGUGAGGAGGUGGUGGAGAAAGAGCUGCUGCUUCAGGAAAAGGAAAAGCUGUAUGUCGAGCUGAAGCACAUAUUAGCUCGUCAGCCAGGUCCAGAGGCAGCCGAGCAGCUUCAAAUCUACCAGCAAACGCUCCGGAAAAAGACCAAACAGCUCAAGGCGCUAUCAUCCGAGCUUAACAUGUACGAGUCUCAGACACAAGAGUACAAGUACGAGAUUGAACGGCUGGCCAACGAACUGCAGAACGUGAAGAAAAAGUACCUGACACAGAAGCGUAAAGAGCAGGAAAGCAGGGAGAAGGAAAGGAGUCUCGGACAGCCCAUGGUCAUGCCUCAGCGCCACGAUGCACCACGCUUUACCGGAGGAGGUUUCAGCCUGAAGCAAGCCAGCAAAGUUACUGCCUGAAACCAGCUACUCCGUCUAACUCAAGUUUUUUUUUUUUUUUUCACUAUUUCACCAGUGCAAAAAAAAUAAUAGUCCCUACAUUAAAGCAUUAAGGUUUGGGGAAAUGAAAAAGAAA